UCUUUUUCUUUCUCUUUUGAGAGCAGGGAACUGAGCACGAUGAAGAUCAAGUGCUUCAGGUUCCUGGCUGUCCUGAGUUUCCUACUGACUCUCUCAGAAGGAGAUACUCAGGUGACCUGUGUUUUAAAUGAGAGUUGCAUUUUACCUUGUGAUCUCCAUGUUGGCUCAGAUCCUCUCAUCCACUGGAUUCACAUGUCAACCAGGGAACAUUUCGUCCAUUCUUUCUACAAUAACCAAACCCAGUUGGGACACCAGGUCCAACGGUUUCGAGGCAGAACGUCUCUGUUCACAGAUCAGAUCCCCAGAAGAAACGCCUCUCUGCUGCUCACAGCGGUGAAGAUCCAAGAUGAAGGACGAUACGUGUGCCGCACAAGUACCUCAGAAGGCAACAAAAAAGCAUUUGUUGAUCUAAAAGUAGAAGCUCCAGUCUCUGCAAUCAGAAUCCAUCAGGAUGGAAACAGGAUCACCUGCAGCUCAGAGGGGAUCUACCCUCAACCUGAACUCACCUGGUCCACUGAGCCUCCAUGCAAAACAACUCUUCAGAACAAGACAAUGGUCCAACAGACUGAUGAGCAGCUUUACAACAUCACCAGCUGUCUGAUGGACCACGACCCUAAUUUGACCUACUACUGCACCGUCAAAACUCAGACGAACCAGAAGACAGGUUUGGUUAAACCUGAAAUUUCAAAUAAUGUUGGAAAGAUCUCUGGAAUGGUGAUUGGGGUUCCACUUGCAGUAACGAUCGUAGUGGUGGCUGUGAUUUUUAUAAUUUUAAAGAUAAAAGGCUGCACAAAAAACAACACAAAGACUCCAAGCAAUCCUGAAGUUCAUGAGAACUCAUUGAAAUCUGUGGACUGCCUGAAUGAAUCAAACACUGCUGUUGUAGAACAAAAUAAUCUAGAUACUAUAACGUCCACUGCACAUCUUUUAUCCCCUUAUCUUUCCCAAAAAAGUCUCACAUACCAGGCAAUGUUUCCACGAGCACAACAACAAUGUCCUCAAGAAAGUUACUAUCUUAACAUUUUAAGAUUUCCUCCUGCCUCAUGUUUCUGCUGCACCUUCGGCUUUAAGGAAACAAUCAACCUGAACAAUCAAGAGGAUCUGGCAGGAUGGUUUAUGAUACAUGUUUUUGUAAUCACUUGCGUUAUGGUUGAGAUUUUGUUCUUCCUGUUUUUGGUGAUCCAAACAUUAAUUUGGCCUGGUGCAAAUGGAGAUCCCACAGUGACCUGUGUUUUCAGACAGAGCUGCAUUUUACCCUGUAAUGUUGAUCCCAGUUCUGAUACAGUGACCCUCUGGGACCAUUUAACAUCAGGAGAGCAUAACGUCCACUCAUACUAUGAUAGUGAGGACCAGCUGGGACGCCAGGACCAGCAGUUCAAAGGUCGGACGUCUCUGUUUAAGGAUCUGAUCUCCAGAGGAAACGCCUCCUUAAAACUGACAGGAGUGAAGAUCCAGGAUGAAGGGAGAUACAGAUGCUACAGCAGCACAGAGAGAGGAAGCAAGAAAACAUUCAUUCAGCUAAAGGUUGAAGCUCUAAUAACAGAAGUCAUUAUAAAGCAGAUAGAAAACAGGAUCAUCUGCAGCUCAGAGGAUAUCUACCCUAAACCUGAACUCACCUGGUUCGUUUAUCCUCCAUCUGACCUGGAGCUCCACAACAGAACCACAGUCCAUCAGACUGAAGAGCAGCUUUACAGCAUCAGCAGCUCCCUGCUGGUCUCAGACAGUCCUUAUGAUCUGACGUACAGCUGCACCGUCAGCAGCGGCAGAAACAGGAAGAGAGUGUCUUUCCAUAAAAGAAAGAAAGUUAUGGACACCCCAAGUAAAAUAAUUGCAAUAAUCCUUGGACUAUGCCCUCCAUGUUUACUGAUGUUUGGAAUAAUAGGAGAGCUUUGUUGUUCAGGAACCACAAAACACAGGUGCAAAACAGCAGCACAUCAACAGUCAAACAAAGCUGCAAACCAACAGAACUCGGCUGAAUCUGAGUGUCUUGAGAUCAGUGCAGUUGUUUUGGCACAAGAUGAGGAACAACAGGAUGAUUUGGAUGGACAACAUGAAGAAGGAAACAAGAACUGAAGAUAAACUAAAUUUUCAACAAAAAACUAAAACAUUUCAAUUAUCUGGAAUCUCUGAAAAACAAACGUUUUUGCUUAUGUGUAACUUUAAGUUUUUUUCUUUGUUUUUAGUUUGCAGAGCCUAAAAAUAGAAUAAGUUAUAAUAAACAUUUUGUAAACAUUUUUUAGCCGAGUUCUUUUGCAGAAGCAUAUUUUUAAAAUAGUUUUUACACAACUGUAUAUGUGCAUGUAUAGAAAUAUGUGUAUAAAUAUAUUUUUAGAAAGCAAAAGGUGGACCAUAUAUAUAUUUGUAAAAGU